CUUCAUUCUCACUUCCUCCCUCCUCUUCCUCUGCGUCGUUCUUGUUUUCUUGUUUUUGUAUGUGUUUCUUUCUGAAAACUGAGAAACUGAAAGCAUGUGUGGAGGUGCUAUCAUCUCCGGCUUCGUCCCUCAGAAACUUAGUCUGAGGUCGACAGCUGACAACCUCGGGCCGGACUUCGAAACCUUCGCCGACCUCCUAGGUUUCUAUCCCACCGGUCCUUCUUCCAAACACCAGAAACCAGCUGCUUCCCUCGAUGAUCAUAAACUCCUUCCGAUUCCAAACACCCCAGCAGUGACAUGUGAGAAUAAUAACAAAACUAACAAUAAUGACGACGACAACAACAAAACGUCGGAGAAGAAAAGCCGAGGAAGGACUCGCAAGAACAUUUACAGAGGAAUCCGGCAACGGCCGUGGGGCAAGUGGGCCGCCGAGAUAAGGGACCCGCACAAGGGCGUCCGAGUCUGGCUCGGCACCUUCAACACUGCCGAAGAAGCUGCCAGAGCCUACGACCAAGCCGCCAAGCGCAUCCGUGGUGACAAAGCCAAGCUUAACUUCCCGCCGGCUCCUCCUCCGUCGGCUCCCGCGGAACCGCCCCAGAAGAAGCAGUGCCUCGUCGUCCCCGAGCCAAGCCUCCCCGGCCACAACGACGCCGUUCAGCUGAGCCAACAAAUCUCAGGCCUCGGAUCCUUCCUGGGUCUGGACGACGACGAAAACAAUACUACUAUUGAUGUUUCGCAGCCGAUCGGCGGCGGCGGCAUGCUGUCUGAGUGGGACCCGAUGGACGAUCUCUGGAUGCUGAACGACGUUGUCAUGCAUCAUCUGAACCAUAACGGUCACUACUAGAAGGAUCAGAGCUAAGAGAGAGUUUCCAAUGAGUGAGCAGUAAUUAAGUAAUAGGAGAGUAAGCUUGAAGAAAACUUGAAAUGGAUCAGUGACGAUAUCUAUGUAUGAAACUACGUCGUUUAUGCAUGCGGCUUUAUCGUUGGUGAACUCAUAUUGUAAGUAAUCGAAUGCUUGGUGUGUUGAAUAGGGCGUGUGGGAUGUUGCAUGUUUGUAUUUGUUUAUUGUUAUAUAUAUUAUGAAAAUAUAUAUAUCUAUAUAUGUAUAUAU